AUGGACUUACCGACCGGACUUACCAGAGUAAGUCCGGUCGGUAAGACUUGUAGUCUUCCGGAUUUAGAGUUUAAGGAGGAAGAUGGACCAAUAGAGCCGUCAGGGGAAGAUGUACCAACAGAGCCGUCAGGGGAAGAUGGACCAACAGAGCCGUCAGAGGAAGAUGGACCAACAGAGCCGUCAGGGGAAGAUGGACCAACAGAGCCGUCAGGGGAAGAUGUACCAACAGAGCCGUCAGGGGAAGAUGUACCAACAGAGCCGUCAGGGGAAGAUGUACCAACAGAGCCGUCAGGGGAAGAUGUACCAACAGAGCCGUCAGGGGAAGAUGUACCAACAGAGCCGUCAGGGGAAGAUGUACCAACAGAGCCGUCAGGGGAAGAUGUACCAACAGAGCCGACAGGGGAAGAUGUACCAACAGAGCCGUCAGAGGAAGAUGUACCAACAGAGCCGUCAGAGGAAGAUGUACCAACAGAGCCGUCAGGGGAAGAUGUACCAACAGAGCCGUCAGGGGAAGAUGUACCAAUAGAGCCGUCAGAGGAAGAUGUACCAACAGAGCCGUCAGGGGAAGAUGUACCAACAGAGCCGUCAGGGGAAGAUGUACCAACAGAGCCGUCAGGGAAAGAUGGACCAACAGAGCCGUCAGGGGAAGAUGUACCAAUAGAGCCGUCAGGGGAAGAUGUACCAAUAGAGCCGUCAGGGGAAGAUGUACCAACAGAGCCGUCAGGGGAAGAUGUACCAACAGAGCCGUCAGAGGAAGAUGCACCAACAGAGCCGUCAGGGGAAGAUGUACCAACAGAGCCGUCAGGGGAAGAUGUACCAACAGAGCCGUCAGGGGAAGAUGUACCAACAGAGCCGUCAGGGGAAGAUGUACCAACAGAGCCGUCAGGGGAAGAUGUACCAACAGAGCCGUCAGGGGAAGAUGGACCAACAGAGCCGUCAGGGGAAGAUGUACCAACAGAGCCGUCAGGGGAAGAUGGACCAACAGAGCCGUCAGGGGAAGAUGGACCAACAGAGCCGUCAGGGGAAGAUGUACCAACAGAGCCGUCAGGGGAAGAUGUACCAACAGAGCCGUCAGGGGAAGAUGUACCAACAGAGCCGUCAGGGGAAGAUGUACCAACAGAGCCGUCAGAGGAAGAUGGACCAACAGAGCCGUCAGGGGAAGAUGGACCAACAGAGCCGUCAGAGGAAGAUGGACCAACAGAGCCGUCAGAGGAAGAUGGACCAACAGAGCCGUCAGGGGAAGAUGUACCAACAGAGCCGUCAGGGGAAGAUGUACCAACAGAGCCGUCAGGGGAAGAUGGACCAACAGAGCCGUCAGGGGAAGAUGUACCAACAGAGCCGUCAGGGGAAGAUGGACCAACAGAGCCGUCAGGGGAAGAUGGACCAACAGAGCCGUCAGGGGAAGAUGUACCAACAGAGCCGUCAGGGGAAGAUGUACCAACAGAGCCGUCAGGGGAAGAUGUACCAACAGAGCCGUCAGGGGAAGAUGUACCAACAGAGCCGUCAGAGGAAGAUGGACCAACAGAGCCGUCAGGGGAAGAUGGACCAACAGAGCCGUCAGAGGAAGAUGUACCAACAGAGCCGUCAGGGGAAGAUGUACCAACAGAGCCGUCAGGGGAAGAUGGACCAACAGAGCCGUCAGAGGAAGAUGUACCAACAGAGCCGUCAGGGGAAGAUGGACCAACAGAGCCGUCAGAGGAAGAUGGACCAACAGAGCCGUCAGGGGAAGAUGGACCAACAGAGCCGUCAGAGGAAGAUGUACCAAUAGAGCCGUCAGGGGAAGAUGGACCAACAGAGCCGUCAGGGGAAGAUGUACCAAUAGAGCCGUCAGGGGAAGAUGGACCAACAGAGCCGUCAGGGGAAGAUGUACCAACAGAGCCGUCAGGGGAAGUGGACCAACAGAGCCGUCAGGGGAAGAUGUACCAACAGAGCCGUCAGAGGAAGAUGGACCAACAGAGCCGUCAGGGGAAGAUGGACCAACAGAGCCGUCAGGGGAAGAUGGACCAAUAG